AUGGCCAUUAGACUCGCCCCUCCCGGUGCACCGCCGUUCCCAUCGCCGCCCUCUCGUUUCCCCCCCUUUCUAUCCCGAUCGCCUCCGCCGACGACACCCUCAUCCUCACUGAAGGGAACGUCAUCCAAGCCCUCGACGGUGAACAAAACACACACUCGUUCUCUCGUUCUCCCGCCAUUUUUUGUACACGUACAAGUAUGUGAAAUGUAUUGCAGAAGGGACUUCACUAUACAUGUAUAUAUCACAUUUCAGGAAAUUUUGUCAUGGAGUCUGACUGGAUUUCACUUGCUCUAA